CAGGUAGACAGUGAAAGUGAAAGUGAAAGUCAGUCUCCAUUUAGUGUGGAGAGGAAAAUACACCAUUUCAAAAGUAAAAACACAGGUUUGAUUUAACACGCCGAUGUUGCAGUGAAGUAAACGUGUGUCCUGCUGUAAUCUGGAGAAGGAGACAUGACCUCCAACAUGAGUGUGUCUGGAGAAAAGGACUUAAAGAGAGACGAGAGAAUGAAGGAGGGAAAGAGAUCAGACUCACCAGAACCCAGCUGUGUGUCCAUGAAGAGUGACGCGUCAAUGGAUUUUCCAAAUCACUUCAGAGACGGAGCCAGUUCUCCUGAUGUGAGACCACAACAGAAGAAAUCAAACCUCAGCAGAAAUCAGUUGGACUCCAUAUUCAAGGAGCUGGAACACAAAGUCAUCACUCUGAUAAAGAAUGAGCUGAAGACAUUUAGGAAGCUCCUGAGUCCAGAUUACCCAGCAUGCACUGAGAGGGAGGUGGAGGAUGAGGAGGAUCUGCACAGUGUCAGAGAGGUAGCGCUGAAGAUCACACUGCACAUCCUGAAGAACAUGAACCACACAGAUCUCGCUAACACACUGCACAACAAGUCUGUGGCCUCUGUGUAUCAGACAAAGCUGAAAUCCAGCCUGAGAGAGAAGUUUAAAAGAAUUAAUGAAGGAAUCUCACAGCAUGGAAGCUCAGCACUUCUGAAUGAGAUCUAUACAGAGCUCUACAUCACAGAGGGUUGGAGUGGAGACGUCAAUAAUGAACAUGAGGUGAGACAGAUUGAGACAGCGUCCAGGAGACCAGCAACACAGGAGACACCCAUCAAAUGUAAUGAUCUCUUUAAAGACAAGUCCAUCAGAAGUGUGCUGACGAAAGGGGUUGCUGGAAUUGGAAAAACAGUCUCGGUGCAGAAGUUCAUUCUGGACUGGACUGAAGGAAAAGCAAAUCAGGACGUCACCUUCAUGUUUCCACUUCCCUUUCGAGAGCUGAAUCUGAUGAAGCAGAAACAUCUCAGUCUGAUGGAUCUUCUUCAUCACUUUUUCCCUGAAAUGAGAAAACUAGAAUUAAUAGACUCCUACAAAGUGCUGUUGAUCUUUGAUGGUCUGGAUGAGUGUCGACUUCCUCUAAAUUUCCAGAAGAAUGAGAGACUGUGUGAUGUGACAGUGUCAGCCUCAGUGGAUGUGCUGGUUUGA